AUGAUAGGUGUACGAUCGGGCUUAGCUCAAAAGUUCAAGGAAAAAAAUCCCGCAAUGGUUAGUACACAUUGUCUUAUUCAUCGGCAAGCUUUGGCUUCCAAAACAUUGCCACAGAAAUUACGCCAGACUUGGGACUCGGCUAUAAGGACUGUAACCUACAUCAAGCGCAGCGCUUUGAACAGUCGGUUAUUUACUUUACUUUGCGAGGAGCUCGAUUCUGAUCACAAAGUUCUUCUGUUCCAUACAGAAGUACGCUGGCUGUCCAAAGGCAACAUGUUGGCUCGCCUUUAUGAAUUGAAAGAAGAGGUAAUUCUUUUUCUUGAGUUCAAAGAAAAACACGAUUUCUUGAUAACGUUCAAAGAUGACACAUUUCAAUGGAGGUUGGCUUAUUUACUGACAUAUUUGACUCCUUGA